AUAUCAAUUUUAGAAAAAAGCGGAUUUUCUAUGUCAAGAUAAAACAUUACAAUAGAUUUUCCAUUAUUUUUUCUUCCUAUGAUUAAGUUGAAUAAAACUUCUUUUGAAGAUUUUCUUUUCAAUAAGUAAUAUCUAUGAGAAAUUUCUAGAUUUGAAUGAUAUUACUCUAAGAAUUUUCCGGAAUGUACGAUGUGAUACUGCUAGCUCUAUAAAUUAGGAACACUGAGACUAUAACGAUCAUGAGAACAGAUUAUUUCCCUGUUCCCUACAUGGUAGAUACAAUUAUCGUACAUUUAUAGACAUAUCAAAUUAUAAUAGUAACUGUGAUCACGAUACAAUCUCAAAGCUUUAUAGACGCAACCAUGUGAUUCGUGGCAAGCUUUCUGACGUAGAGAAAUUUCACGAGUGGACCUUCGUUAAGUUAUAAUCUGUAUUAAAUACGAACAAGUGAUGUAAAAAAUUUAUUUUAUUGGAUAUAUGGAAAAGAUUACAAAAUAGAGGAGAGGAUUACAUAAUAGAAAGGAAGCAAGAAAACGCUGUCGCAUCAGUCGAUCAGUGAACAGUCAAAAACUCAGAAAGAAAAAAAAAAUAUAUAUAUACGAGAAAAGAAUGGACUACUACGUGCCGCUUCAACAGGACGAAAUGUGUGAAAAAGUAACAUUGCCACGGUAUACGCCUCACAUUUUGGGGAGAUUGGCAUUGACGUCCACAGCGUAUAAAUAUCUCGACAUUAGAAUCAGCGUAGGACCAACAUCGUUUGUGGAGGUACUUAUUGGUGACAACCGAGGCAAUCAAAUAAUUCUGGCUCAUGCAACGUGGACAGCACUGUUCCAGAAACGUGCGGACAUUGAACGACUCGUGCAGUCGACUUCUCCUUCCUCAGCAUUACCGAUUGAAGAUCUUAUUGUACAACUCAUUAAACUGCGUAAUGAAAAUAUUGUUAAAUUAACAUUACGCGAUACUUGCAUGUAUUUGAAACCAAAAACUGUACUUUUUCUGUUUGAGCUCGAACAAUGCGUCGAGCAUAUAUAUUACUCUUUAUAUCAAUAUACAUAUACAGUGAGCGAAAAAUAUAUUUUGUAACCCUUUUACGCCAAAAUUAUGUUAAUAAUAAAUGCGAUGCGGCAAAACUCUUGUGAGAAAAAUAUGAUAAAACUUCGCUUUUAGAAUGUGAAAUGUUAGCUUACGCUUUAGAUAAUAUUGUACAUGAUGCAUUACAUGACAAAUAAAUAAGAAAAAAUUGAAA